AUAUGGUAUGGGCAUUCAUUGGAAUAAUGCGUUCGUUUCCUUCACGCUAACUCCUACUCUGAGGAUUUGCGUUGCUAUAAAUUAUCAAGAACACACCAUCUCUUCUCAUUCAACAAAUUACAAAGAUCUCAUUAUCUAAUUCCGAUCAUCAAUCUCAAAGCUUUUCGGCUAGUUUCAUCUAAUUGUAGCCAUGUCUCAGACCGUUGUCCUCAAAGUUGGUAUGUCAUGCCAAGGCUGCGUUGGUGCCGUCAAUAGAGUCUUGGGGAAAAUGGAAGGGGUUGAGUCUUUUGACAUUGAUAUAAAGGAGCAAAAGGUGACAGUGAAAGGUAAUGUUGAACCUGAAGCAGUUUUUCAAACGGUUUCAAAGACUGGAAAGAAGACUUCUUACUGGCCUGUGGAGGCUGAGGCUGCGACUGAGAGUAAAACCGAGACUGAGACUAAGACUGAGGCUAAGGUUGAUGCAACGGCUGAUGUUGAGCCAAAACUCGCUGAAGCUGAGACUAAGCCAUCACAAGUUUAAAUACAAAAGAUGACAGUGAGGCUUCUUAUCCGUAUUUCCAGUACUUCUAUUAUCUUUGGCUUGUUUGUUGUUGUAAGAACUAAGAGCUUUAUGGUUUCUCUAUGUACCUAAUACUUUUCUACUAUUGAAAACAAGAUGUUGGAGACCCAUGUUGUUCCAACUUCUUUUAUUAUAA